AUUACUUUGUAUGGACACACUCAACCACCCCUCCUCCCCCUUGCUCUCACUCUUUCUCAGGUCUUUUAACCAACAUACCUGAGAAAACAGACACACCCAGCAACUCUAAACCUACCAAUCACAGCACAGCAAAUAGACGCCCAGACUUUGUACUUCCUGAAGCAGAAGCAUGCAGUGCCAGUGAGGGAGAGAUGAGUGAAAGGGUGAAAUUCUGGAACUAGCUGUAACGCAAUCACUGUGGCGCUACUGAGUUCAUAAAAAGGGAGGUAAACCUGCUUAAAUAUAGACUGCUUAAAUUCAAGACAGUCCUGGAGGGUAAAGAAAAAUAGGAGGAGCAGCGGAGGAAGAGCAUUUAUCUCACUCAACUUUGACUCUCUCAUUGGGCAAACACUGAAAUGUGGAAUGUCUGUGAGUUGUGCAACUCCUCCAAAUUUCACAGUGUCUAGAAAGAGAAGGAAGCGAGGGGGUGAGAGAGAGCAGUGUCCCCCAAGACACUUCUCAGGUUUUCCUUGUUGCCAUGGAAACCAAUCAAACUAUUUGGGCCAUCCAGAACAUACCAUCCUCUUAAGGUGCACGAGACAGUUGUCAAUCAAGUGCAUUAAUCAACCGUGAUCCUACCCCUUGAGCAAAUCUGCAAAGGUGACCUGGGUGAAAAGGAGAUUCUGAGAGACCAAAAGAUGGACAAAGUAUGGGAAAGACCAAGAGACAGAGAAAGAGAAAUGGAACCAGACUCAUAUGAUAGAACCAGAGAGAGGAAGAGAUUACCUGCAGCCAGAGGAGGAAGAGAUGGAGAGAUGAACUUGAGAGAAAGAGAGAGGCAGAGGGAUGGAGAAAGACGUCCAAAUGGAAGGGCAUUAUUGUCAGAGCAGGGUGAACAUGGUGCCAGAGAGAAUGAGAGGAUGAAAGGGGACACUUUUCCCAGGAUGACAAGACCAAGCAAAGAGAGAGAAGGAAGGGUAACACUUUCAGACCAUGACAGGGAGCGGCGGAUGGGAAGACUAAAGGAAGUGCAGUAUGAAAGAGAAAGGGACAGAGAGAGAGAAAGAAGGAGAUACAGAGACAUGGACAUGCAGAAUGAAAGAAAAAUUGCAAAAUACAGGGAAGAGUUAAGAAGAAAUGAAAUGAGAAAGCUUGUGAAGGAGGAGCCAAAUAGACAGAGGGACAUGAAAGAAAGAAGGAGAGAGAGUUACCCAGGAAUCAAUGACCAUUGGUACGUGUGGGAGAGAGAGAGAGACGGACUCAGACAGAAAGAGAGAGAGGGCAGGUCUGAUCCAUGUCUUAUGGAAAGACAGACUGAGGGCUUUUCAGACAGGGAAAGGAGGGCUGAGAGACAGAGAGAGGGACAGAGAAAUAGGCAACGAAAUACAAAAAGCGAAGGAUAUAGUGAUGGAGAGAGGGAAAAGGAAAGAAGGAGAGAAGAGGAUUCUAAACUAAGACACAAACAUUACAAGAGUGAAGGAGACAGUGAAGCAGAAAGAAAAGACAGAUUUAGAGAGAGAGAAGCAGAGAGACGGCGAGACAUGGUAAUGCCAAGAAAAAGAGAGACAGGUUAUCGAGAUCCGAGAGGGGAACGUUGGGAGCGAUACAGAGACCCAGAAAGGGUGAGAGAUAGAGACAUGGAGAAAAGGACAGAGAGAAAUAGGUACAGAAUGAGAAAAGAAGAGAUUACCAUGGAGAAAAGAAAAGAUUACCCAGACAGAGAUGCAUACUCGUAUACAACUGAGAGAGGAAGGUAUAAAGAGGGAGAGAGAAUGAGAGAGAGGGAUAGGUUUUGGGAAAGAGAGAUUGAAGAGAGGGACAGGCAGAGGAGAGAGAACAGAGAAACAGAGAGAAGUAACAUGGAGAAGAACGGACAAAAUAGUGGAGAGCAGAAUUUAGGAAGUGAUGUAGAGAAUGAACAAAGGAGGGGAACGAGAGAGAACUUUAAGGACAAAGAGAGAGAAAACACAUCUAAGAUUGAUAAAGAGAAACUGUCAAAGGGAGAACAGGAGGUAAGGACUACCCAGAGGGAAGAAGGAGGGAGGGAAAAAGUGGACGCUGAGGAAACAGAAAUUGUGAAAUCUAAAAACAAGCUGCGGAAAAUGUGGCUGGAACCAAGAACAGGAAGUGAGAGAAAAGAGUCAUCUUUAGAAGAGGAGUAUGCAGAGAGAGAGAAAGCAAGGGAAAGGUAUAUCCAAAGAUACAAGACAGCAAGAGAUGAAGAGCCAAAGAGAGAGAAAGAAAGAGAGAAAAUGAGUCGGGAGGACUGGUAUAGAGAACUGGAGAAGGCUGGAGAGUUCAUGAGAGUUGUGAAUGCAGAAAGGGAAGAGGAAAGGUUGAGAGGGGACGUGGCUUGUGACAGAGAAGCUCUGGAACCAGAGAGGCAGAUAGAUGGAGAAAACGUCACAGAUAACAUGGAGGAGAAUGACACGGAGGAAGAAGGGGGGAACAAUAGAUAUGGCUGCUUGGAGAAUGAGGAAGGAAGUGAAGGAGAAUCGGAAGGGGGGAAGAAUAGAAUUAUUCCAGCAGAUGAGGGAUUUGUGACGGUCUCCAGUGGAGGGGAUGAUGCUGAGGAAGAUGAUUUUGAAGACUGUAAAGAAUUUUGGGAUGGUGGAGCAUCCAGUGAUCUCUCUGGACAGUCCAAAAGUAUUGAAGACCUGGAGGUCAGGACAGAUAAAGAAAACCAAACAGAAAAUGAGAGAGAGGAUCGAAGAGGACCUAAAGGAUCUGUGAAAGUCUUUUGUGUGAUUGGUCAGACCCUUCCUAAGUCACAAGCCAAACGUGAUGCAAAUGAAAACCACAUUCAGCAUGCAGAUCAUGACAUGGACAAUCAAUGUGAAGUGAACACUUCAGAUGGAAAUGAAGCCUCAAAAAAGGAUGGAUCCACUGAACAGAACAUUGAAAGAGCGAUGGAUGACCUCACCCUUCAUAAUGAGGAUAAAGGCAAUCAUGACACCACAGUGAAGGGAACAGGAAGUAAUGACCAGGCAAUUAAAGAUCUAUCAUCAUUAGAAGGCAAAAUUACUCCUCCCAACGAGAGAUCAGAGAAAGACAGUGAGCCGUUACCACCAGAGCUGUUGGAAACUAUGGAGUCAUGCAAGGACAGUGGGUAUGUGGCUUCACAGAGUGAAUGCUCUUUGCAAGAAGCAGAAAAAGAAGCAGAGCAUUUUAGUUCGGAUGACACAUGGAGUGCUUCAGAAGAAAGAAAGCAAUGUUCUACUGCUCCUCACCUCAGAUGGGCCAAGAACGUGGUGAAAGAGAUCCUGGGUCCGAAGUCGCGGGAAGGGGUAACUGUGGACACAGAAAAUACAAGAGGUAGUGUGCUACACAUAGACGUCAAAAUUAACACACAAAUAGAGGGUGAGACGGAAAUGGAUGAACCUAGGGAGGAGAAAGGACUGAUAGAGGAAGGAGAACAGGGAGGGAUGGAGAGAGAGUCCAAUGAGGAAUCUGAACAUGACUUGCUGGACCCUAGUUCUGUCCAGCAAGUGUUGUCCUCAGAAGGAGAGGCAGAUAGGGAGGAAGAAGAGCAUGUAGAUGAGAAGAAUGAUAGAAAACCAGAAGCUGCUCUAAGCUCUAGCAGCUUUCAAGAUUUGGGGAAUGAGGCUUGGAUUAGGAGGCAAGGGUUUCUAAAGACAACGGACAAACACAAAGAAGAGAAGGAGGAGGAGGAGGAGGGAAGAGUUGGAAGGGACCGCAGGACAAGAAUAUUCGACAUAUCAGAUGAGGAUGAGGAGGAAUUUUGGUUCUCCUGGGGUGAAAUGGAUAUGAGGAAAAUGACUGAAUCUUUUCAGAGGACAAGGAGGAACUCUAAAUUCUUUAACUCUCAGCUGUAUCAGGAGUACAGUGAGGUUGUCCAGAACAGAGAGAUCCUGCUGUCCCAUUCUGAUUCUCUAGUGUUAAGUGGCGAUCAUUCAGCUAUCCGAUCAUCAUCUUCUCCAAAUCAUUCCCCUAAGCUAUCCCACAGGCCUCUCCCAACUCUCCCUCCAGUGCCUCUACACACCCACACUCUGUCCCAAAACAACACCUUUAAAAGUCUUGCUGUGCCACAGCAAGCCGUAAACAGACCUCCCUCCCCUCGCCUGUCCAUCUCUGCCUCCUCACCUACACUGUGGCAGGACCUUCCCGGAGUGAGGACCAGCCCAGAGCUUGAGACACUCACUAAAGAUGAGAGACGUCUGCAGGAGGUGAGGUUUGAGGUAGUGACCUCUGAGGCGUCAUACUGCCGCAGUUUAGACAUCGUAGUGGAGCACUUUGUCAUGUCCAAACAACUCAGUGUCCUCCUGACUUCACAAGACAAAAACUGGCUCUUCUCUAGGCUAAGUGAUGUUAGAGCUGUCAGUCACAGUUUUCUGUCUCAUUUGGAAGAAAAAGUGGAGAGUGACAUAAUGCACUUUACUGUCUGUGACAUCAUUAUCAAGCACUGCCCACGAUUCCGCAAGGUGUAUGUGCCUUACCUCACCAACCAAUCAUAUCAGGACAAAACGUAUCAGAGAUUAAUGGAUGGGAGUCAUGAAUUCCGUAGAGUUGUGGAAAAGUUAGAGCUUAACCCUGUUUGUCAGCGACUGCCUUUACGUUCCUUCCUCAUCCUGCCGUUCCAAAGAAUCACACGCCUAAAACUGCUAGUGCAGAAUAUUGUAAAGAGAACAGCUUCAAAGACCAAGGAUGAGGCACAGGCCAUUAAAGCAAUGAAAUUACUGGAGAAGAUGAUCCAGGACAGUAAUGAGAGUAUCUCUCAAAUGAAGAACAUUGAGUCACUUGUGUCCCUCAAUGCCAAAGUUGACUUUGAGUGCAGGACUCUUCCAUUGAUCAGCCAGUCUCGUAGGCUGGUGCGAGAGGGGCCCGUAACUGAACUGAGAGACUUCUCACUGAAGGAGACAGAGAGAAGUGUUUAUAUGCACCUUUUCAAUGACUACCUCCUGCUCUCUUUGUGGAAAGAUGGAGGUCGGUUUACAGUUAUAGAUCAUGCUCCCAUCUCAGAGCUGCGGGUUGAGAACUGCAGGUUCAAACUACAUUCCUUAAAGAAAAACCUGUUCCGUCUGUACAUGGGACACAAAGCCGUGCUACUGCGGACAGAUACACAAGCUGAUAAACUGCGCUGGAUAUCAGCACUCUCGCGCCCUUAUCCCGAGAUUGACUUCAGUGCAGUUGAGGAUUUUGUUCAAAUGCAGUGCAUUAGAGCCUUUGUUGCCCAGCAACCAGAUGAACUCAGUUUGGAGAAAGCUGAUACAUUAUUAGUUCACAAGCAAAGUACUGAUGGCUGGGUGGAAGCGACACGUCUCUCAGACAGGCAGCGUGGUUGGGCCCCGGAGUCUCACCUGGAGACAAUAAUCAGUGACAAAGCAAGAAAGCGCAACCUGCUUGACACCAUGAAAAUUGCUACGGCUGCAAUGUGAGGGGGCCUUUAAGAUUCUCAGGUGGAAUUACUCCAAAUUGUAACACAUUUUUUAAGUAUUACUUCAGAGCCUUAUCUGAAAAGAGCUGCAAGAACUGUAUGGAUUUAUGCCUCAAUUUCAUGAGAAGUUUCUAUUUAUUUUGUGUGUACACACUGACUAAUUUGGGUGAUGUGCCCUCACCCAUGUCAAUGGACUCCACUCCUUGUUAGAGGGGCUUUUAAAAUGCUGAAUUACAUCAGCUGGACUCUUCAGAUAUCCAAAUCAGUUUCUAUUCGACUUCCCAAGUGUUCAAGUGAAACAUAAGGUGAUGGCUGUUUUACAUUUUGGAAGUGGGGAGUCAUGGGAGCUCCUGGACAAAAGUUUCAACAACAGUUUGUUGUCUUCGUUAUGAUAUGUGUGACUCGCUGUGGAGCUGUGACAGCUGGAUAAAUGAGAGUAAUGCAGAAUACUGCACACCUGCACCAAUUUUUUUUUUUUUUUCACUUGUUAUUAACAAAUAUCACAUCCUCUUCAAUGUGGAAUGUAAACCCUGUCGGACUGUGGCCUUACAGGAAAAUUGUAUAUAGAGGAUUUUUGGUUGUGCUCAAGGAAGCACCUUUUAAGAAUAGAAAAAGGGUUAUUUGGGAUUUGUAGAAAAUGAUGGACUUUUCUUUUAGCAAUGUGUACACAUUUCGUGUGCACUUUUUAUUCAGGGCACACUUAUGUAUAAUUACAGAUUAUGUAUUUUGAAUGGCUUCUUUAAGACCAAAAAUAGGGUGCAAUACCAAUGUGUCCACUGUGACUAUGCAAUGUACACUAUAUGGCCAAAAGUUUGUGGACACCAUAUGUGCUUGAUGAACAUUUGAUUUCAAAACCUUAGGCAUCAAUUUCCCUCUUUGCUGUAAUAACAGCUUCCACUCUUUUGGGAAGGCUUUCCACUAUACUGUAUGUAGUAACAUGGCUGCAGGGAUUUGCUCUCAUUCAGACACAAGGCUAUCAGUGAGGUCAGGAACUGAUGUUGGUCGAUGGGGCCUGAACUUACAUUUGCUGUUCCAGUUCACCCCAAAAGUGAUCAGUGGGGUUCAGGUCUGGGCUUUGUGCAGGCCAGUCAAUUUCUUCCACGCCAGACACAGUAAACCAUUUCUUUAUGGACCUCACGUUGUUCACAGGGGCAUUGUCAUGCUGGAACAGAAUAGGGCUAUCCCCAAACAGUUGCCAGAAAUUUGGAAGCACACAAAGCCCAAGCCAUUACAUAAAGAAACAUUUCUUAAGCCAUUACAUAAAGAAACAUUAAGAUUUUUCUUUACUGGAUUUAAUGGAGUAACCAAAUUCGUUAAUUAGAAGGGGGUGUCCACCAUCUUUUGGCCAUAUAGUGUACAUAAAAUAGGUUUUUAACUUUGAAGCUAAAAGUAUUAUGUUGUCAUGGAAUAGUUCGACACCAUCUCUGCUCACCGUUCAAACUUUUUGCACAUACUGUAACUCCAAUAUGCCUCAAAGAUAAAAAAAAUAUAUUUCAUGGUUUCGCAGAUUACAUUUUUAGUUUUACAAAUCAAUUACAUUUACUUACUCUCAUGUUGUUCCAAACCCGUAUGACUUCUUACAGUAUGUGGAACACAAUAGAUGUUAAACAAUGACUUCAUCAGUUACUCUUCACUUUCGCUGUAUGGAAAAAAGAUGAAUAGUGACUGGGUCUAACAUUCUACUCGUCUUUGUGUUCCACCAUAAAAGGAAAGUCAUAGAAGUUUGGAACAACACAGGGGUGAAAGAAUUUUUUUCUGUCCCUUUAAAUCUGAAUAAUGUUUAUAAUGUAUACAGGAAUACAGCAUCACUAUCCCUUGCUUCA